CAGUUUGCUUGUGGUUCAAUCGGGAAAGAACAAGAAGGACAGAAAGCACAGACUGGCAGAAAUCUUAGCAGAGAACAGACGUAAGGUCUUUAAACUUCACACCAGACCUUGGAUGGGAACUAUAAAGAAGUUUCAAUGUGAACCUUCCUUUUACGCAGUCUAGAUCUUAGUAAACAUGACAUCAGUCUGGCUAUCAGUACUUGUUGUCCUGUGGAUACAUAUGAAUGGCUUGCUAAAAGGGGCUAAAGCAUGUGGUGAGGUGAAAACAUCUUCUUCUGAGGUGCCUGUCGGCUCGUCCAUAUCAGCAUCCUGCCUCAUUAACAACGACUGCCCAUUGACUAAAGGCAAAAACUUUAGUGUGGAGUGGAAGAUUAACAACGAUUUGGUCCCCAGUAAUCUUUCCUACCUGGAGAGUAACGGGACAUAUACCGUAGUUAUUCCCCACAUUCCGGUUGCGAGGGCUGUCAUUACGUGCAGCGUUUGUGUAGAAGACAACUGCCAAGUAGUGGAUGGAAGCCUAGUCAAAGUGGCAUAUCCACCUCCCAUCCCAACGAACCUGAGCUGUGCCAUGAGUGUAAACAAUUUGAUCGGAAUGCUGUGUCAAUGGGAUCCUGGUCAGAAAAUGGAUAACAUUGAUUUAACCUACACACUUCACACCAAAAUAAGGGCAAUAAAAAGGUUUUCCUAUAUGGUACCUUCUGGGGUGCAUUCCUACUGGAUUCCUCGACAAGAUAUGGUGUUGUUUUCUGAAAUGGAGAUUUAUGUGGAGGUAGAAAACACCUUCUGGAAUACCAGCUCUGCACGUCUGCUGGUGAUUCCAACGAAAACAGCAAAGUAUGGCCCUCCUGAGAUUCAGGGGAUUGAAAAUGAUGAGCUUGGAUGUUUGGAGUACACAUGGAGUCUCAUAGCGUCUCAGAACUGGGUGAAGUUUACCUUUGAUGUGGAGUUAAGUCUGAAAGAGGUUAACAACCAGCUAGCAAAAGAGUUGGUUAUCUCCAAGAGAGCAUCACAAGACAGCACAAUAAAGGUGUGUGGUCUUCUCCACUGGACAAAUUACAGCACCAAAAUAAGAGUGAGGUAUUCCAAUCUAUGGAGUGAAUGGAGUGACCCAAAAGUAGCCACCACACUUGCAAAGGCUCCAAGUGGUCGUCUGGACACAUGGCUUAAAGUACCAGCUGAUGGUGGUGUUACUGCACAGCUGUACUGGAAGCCAUCACAACAAUUUCGUGCAAAUAGCGAGAAUCUCUCAUAUAUUAUCGAAUCAAAGAAGCCUAAGCAGACUUUGUGUGUUACAACUGAAGACCACUGCUUUUUCAAUAUCAGUAAGUGGGUUCAAAAGGUCUACCUGACAGCACGUAAUAGAUGCGGAAAGUCUUCUCCUACUGAAGUGCCAGUGUAUCGUAUGAAAGCACUGGACCCUGUGUCGAAUCUAAGUGUGCAUUCCCAGUCUAACACAUCAGUGUUGUUAGUAUGGGAAAGCUUGGUGUCCUCUCGUGUCAUGGGAUACGUGCUGGAGUGGAGAUCUCUCACCGAGUCACCAAAACUCUUCUUUACACUGCUGACAAAAAAUGACUCAAGUACUGUAGUAACAGGGUUGAAGCCUUACAAGCCUUAUGAAAUCUCUAUUUAUCCCAAGUAUGUGGACGGUAUUGGACGUUCUCUUACUGUAAUAGCAUACACAAGUGAGACAGCACCAUCUGUCGCCCCACAGCUGGAAAUUGAAGAAAUUCAUUCUUCAAAUGUCCAACUUGUGUGGGAUGAAAUUCCUCUUGAGGAGAGAAAUGGGAUCAUUCAGGGAUAUACCAUUUUCAUUUGGGAUGAAAAGAACCAUAUUGAAAUUAUAAAGACCAAGAUGACAAAUGUUUUGAUGAAAGAUGUUCAGCCUUUCUCCACAUAUCAUUUCCUUAUAUCAGUCCAUACCCUGGGUGGGAGUUUAAACGGAACAGUUGUGACCCUCAAAACUAAAAUUGGCCAUAUUGAAAUUCUGCUCUUCGUGAUACCUGUGUGUGUUGGGUUUGCACUACUCAUCCUCAUUGCUGUGUUUGCCUGUCUCGGCAAACAUGAACGCUUGAAGAUGUGUUUGUGGCCUAUAAUUCCUGAUCCUGCCAACAGUAGUAUUAGGAGAUGGACCACAACAGAAUCAUUGCAGGGCAUGCCCCCAUUCAAAGAAGACAAGGACCCUGUGUCGGUGUAUCUAUCUCAUUUUAGUCUUCUGGAUCUUUCUGAUAAAGAGAUAUGCAACAGUGACUACGUUAAGGGCAACCUGUGGUCACAUGACAGCGGCAGCCGUGAUGAAGGUCACAACUUAUUCCAGACCCCCAGCAGUUAUGACUCACAGCAGGACACAGACUCUGUCCCUUACGCCACUGUUGUCUUCAGUGGUCCUUAUCAAAACCAGACGGGCUCUCCACCAACCUACCUACGCUCUGAGUCCACACAGCCUCUCUUAGGGAUGGAAGAAUCUGGUAGUCCUCCACCAUAUGAGAAUUUGUCAGAGAGUGUUUCUAAAGUAAACUACUUUACUACGUUUCCUCUGGAGCCCACUGAGAACGAAGUAAUUUGGGAGGAUUUUCCUAUGCUCAGAUCCUUAGAGAUCAGGAAUAGUAACCAAAUCUAAACUCAAAGUCAACGAAUGCAUCUUUACAGUUUAUGCUUGUUUUAUAAUGUUAAGCUUUAAUGUGUGUUUGGUUAUAUUUUAAAUGGAGUAUCAAUUUUUGAGUAUCAAGGUAUGAAUUUUAGUGUCAAAAGAAACAAACAGGAUCUCCAAAAAUUAUUUGGAUUCUUGUGUAUGUAUGUGUAUGAAUGCUGUUGGUUAAAAAAAAGAAUAUUUCAACAAAAAAAUAUUUCAUUGUUUACAUAAGGACUUCUCUAUAUACUGUAUCAAUAUAUUAACAAUUUCAGUUUGUUCUUUCUGACAUUAAGUGCUUAUCAUUGCCUGAAUUCUCUUUUUCUGGAAUUUCCUAAAUCAUAAUUUUCUUUGACCUUGAGCCUAUGAUCAAGAACAACAUCCCAGCUAAUUAAAAUACUUGAUUGACAUAACUACAACAUAAUUUGAUGACCAAACUCUCAUUGUGAUCACGUAACGUCAUUAGGCCGUGGCAACCGGAAAAAAAAAAUUCUUACAUAACUUUCGGAUGUUGCCAGUUAGUAACAGUAACGUCAUGUGGAAAAGCUAUAUCAUUCCACGUAAGCCAAGUGCACAUCUGUCUGCGUUGCAACGUUAGUACGGCUGAUCCUUCAGGUUGUGAGCGUCGCGAGUGGUACAAAUCAACCCAAUUGUAAUAGUGUAGCUUUUUUAUUACAGAAUUUGUUUGAUGUCUAUUUUCUUGUUAACUGACAAUCUUUCAAACAACUUUGCCCAGACUAGCCAGAUAUUAAGAAUGUGCAACAGCCAAACGAUCAAUGGUAAGGGCAUCUAAAUGGUCAUGGGACACUAGACCUCUGCUGCAUGCGUCAUUAAAUGUAAAACUUAUACCACUAGCAGUUAAUCAUAGGUUAGUCAUAUAGCCUACGUCCUAGCCUAGCCCUCUUGGCCAGGUCGUCAUGGUAAAUGAGAACUGGUUCUCAAUUGACUUACCUGGUUAAAUAAAGGUUAAAUCAUAAUAAUAAUACGAUACAACCCAGAAUCUGCCAUACCUAAAUUUAUAGUCAGGAGCCGCUAAUAUAGGGCCCAAUCUAAAUGCAUGGUCUAAAGCGCAGUGCGCAAGUGCACUUAGGCCGUGUCCAAAUCCACUUUUGCUAGUUUAAUAGUGGGAAAUAUGGUCUGUGUGACUGGAGCACGGUCUUAAAGAGUAUUUCCUAUUCUCGAGAAGAGUAAUGUGUGUAUUUUGGCUGUAACAUACAAUAAACCAAUGAGAGUCUCAUCUCCUGUACCUUUUUAAAGCCAGUUGCGCUCAAGCCAUGGUGGAUACCCUAUUUACAUGAUGGAAUUUGUAAGUGGAAAUUUUUGUAAUAAAAGCUUUGGUUCCCUUUAAAA